AUGAGUGCAUUCAUCAAAGAGGAAGGUGUAGAAUCUAAAGAGGAAGAGGAAGAAGAAGAUGGCGACGAGGACGACGACGGUGACGAAGAUGACGACGACGAAGACGAUGAUGAGGGGGGCGAGGACGACGAAGACGACGAGGUUCAGGUCUUACAAUCCUCCAGAGGGCCACCGGUUCAGUCGGCGGAUGACGACGAGGACGACGACAACGAGGAUGACGAUGAAGAUGACGAUGGUGAAGGCGGAGAUGACGAUAACGAUGACGACGACGACGAGGAGGAAAACGAUGACGAGGAUGAAGACGGUGAAGAAGAGAGUGACUACAAGCAACAAUUGAAACACAAGCACAAACAGUUGACACUAUCAGAUCUCAUCACCCAUAUCAUCAUUGAAGAUACAAAUAAGAGGGAACUUGAAGCUGCAAAAGAAAAAGACAUCAAAAUGCAAAUCAAUAAGUACCAUAAACUUCUAGAAGAUCUUAGAGCAGAAAAUAUCACUCUACAAGAUGAAUUUGUAGCUGGACUACUGAUAGAAAAAUUACCAAAUUCCUGGAGUGACAACAAGCAACAAUUGAAAUACAAGCACAAACAGUUGACACUGUCAGAUCUCAUCACCCAUAUCAUCAUUGAAGAUACCAAUAGGAGGGAACUUGAAGUUGCAAAAGAAAAAGACAUCAAAAUGCAAAUCAAUGAGUACCAUAAACUUCUAGAAGAUCUUAGAGCAGAAAAUAUCAAUCUACAAGAUGAAUUUGUAGCUGGACUACUGAUAGAAAAAUUACCAAAUUCCUGGAGUGACAAUAAGCAACAAUUGAAAUACAAGUACAAACAGUUGACACUGUCAGAUCUCAUCAUCCAUAUCAUCAUUGAAGAUACCAAUAGGAGGAAACUUGAAGUUGCAAAAGAAAAAGACAUCAAAAUGCAAAUCAAUGAGUACCAUAAACUUCUAGAAGAUCUUAGAGCAGAAAACAUCACUCUACAAGAUGAAUUUGUGGCUGGACUGCUGAUAGAAAAAUUAUCAAAUUCCUGGAGUGACUACAAGCAACAAUUGAAACACAAGCACAAACAGUUGACACUGUCAGAUCUCGUCACCCAUAUCAUCAUUGAAGAUACAAACAUGAGGAAACUUGAAGCUGCAAAAGGUAAAGAGCUGACUACAAGAGCAAAUCUUGUACAAGAAAAAUGGGAGAAUGAGAAGAACAUAUGUAUUAUGUACAAAACUAAAAGUGAUUCUAGGACUGCAAGUAUCCUUAGUAAAGGGAAAGUUCUUCUCAAACUCACAUCUAACAAGACCUUAAUACUUAAUGAAGUGCUUUAUGUACCUAAUAUGAGAGCUAAUUUAAUUUAUGCAGCUCUAUUGGAAAAGGCUGGAAUUAAGGUGUCUUUUAAGUCAAAUAAAAUUGUACUGACUAAAAAUGAGAUUUUUGUUGGAAAAGGUUAUUGUAAUCAGGGACGCUUUGUUCUUAAUGUUUCUGCAAUAACAAAUAAAAAUGCAUUUUCUUCUGCUUACUUGAUUGAUUCUUUGAUUUAUGGCAUGCUAGAUUAG